AUGGCAGAGGGAGGGGAUGGAGAGGAGGAAAUUCAGUUCUUACGAACGGAUGAUCAGGUCGUUCUACAGUGCACAGCCACUAUCCUGAAAGAGCAGAUUAAACUCUGUCUGUCCUGUGAGGGUUUUGGAAAUCGCCUAUGUUUCCUAGAAACCACAUCCAAUGCCCAGAAUGUUCCACCGGAUCUGGCUAUAUGCUGCUUUAUCCUGGAACAGUCCUUAUCUGUUCGAGCCCUUCAGGAAAUGCUGGCUAACACAACUGAGCUCAACGAGUCUUCACAAGGAGGAGGCCACCGCACGUUGUUGUAUGGCCAUGCCAUCCUGCUCAGACACACACACUCUGGCAUGUAUCUUAGCUGUCUGACAACAUCAAGGUCACUCACAGACAAGCUGGCCUUUGACGUAGGCUUGCAGGAGGACUCAACAGGUGAGGCAUGUUGGUGGACCAUUCAUCCUGCUUCCAAGCAGAGGUCAGAAGGUGAGAAGGUCAGAGUCGGUGACGACCUCAUCCUGGUCAGUGUGUCAUCUGAGAGAUACCUGCACCUUUCCUAUGCCAGUGGAGACCUCAUGGUUGAUGCCUCCUUCAUGCAAACCCUUUGGAACAUGAACCCAGUCUGUUCUGGCUGUGAGCUGGCAGAGGGUUAUCUGACCGGAGGGCAUGUUCUACGUCUUUUCCACGGUCACAUGGAUGAGUGUUUAACAAUUCCUGGUGCUGACCAGGGGGAUGACCAGAGAAGAAAUGCACACUAUGAAGGUGGAGCUGUGUGUAGCCACGCCAGAUCUCUUUGGAGGCUAGAACCUCUUCGGAUUGGAUGGAGUGGAAGCCACAUGAAGUGGGGUCAGUCAUUCAGGGUGCGUCACAUCACCACAGGCAGGUAUCUUUGCCUGGAUGAAGAGAAAGGACUCCUACUCGUGGAUCCAGAAAAGGCAAAUACAAAGAAUUCUGCCUUCUGCUUCCGUGCUUCAAAGGAGAAGACUGAGGUGGCUCAGAAACGUGAUGUGGAGGGAAUGGGAAUUCCAGAGAUAAAGUACGGAGAGUCCAUGUGCUUUGUGCAGCAUGUCUCCACCAGUCUGUGGCUCACGUAUGCCUCAGUGGAUGCCAAGUCUGCUCGACUGGGGCCACUGAAGAGGAAGGCUAUACUGCAUCAGGAGGGUCAUAUGGAUGAUGCUCUGACUGUGGCUCGCUCUCAGACAGCAGAAUCUCAGGCUGCUAGAAUGAUCUACAGCACAGCAGGACUCUUCACUCAGUUCAUUAAAGGUCUGGACUCUCUAAGUGGGAAGAGUAAGUCUCCGCCCCCAACUCCAUCUCUGCCUCUGGACUCUGUGGUUCUGUCCUUGCAGGAUCUUAUCUUCUAUUUCCGCCCCCCUGAAGAGGAGCUGGAACACGAAGAAAAGCAGACCAAACUUCGUUCUUUAAGGAACCGUCAGAAUCUAUUCCAAGAGGAGGGCAUGAUCAGUCUUGUAUUAGACUGUGUUGAUCGGCUGAAUGUCUACAACACUGCAGCCCAUUUCUCUGAGUUUGCUGGGGAGGAGGCAGCUGAGUCCUGGAAAGAGAUAGUCAACUUACUUUAUGAGCUGCUGGCAUCUCUGAUCAGAGGAAACAGGGCAAACUGUGCUUUGUUCUGUGAUAAUCUGGACUGGUUGGUCAGCAAACUGGAUCGAUUAGAGGCCUCUUCAGGCAUUCUGGAAGUGCUGUAUUGUAUUCUCAUUGAAAGUCCUGAAGUGCUUAACAUCAUCCAAGAGAACCACAUCAAAUCUAUCAUCGCACUUUUGGAUAAACAUGGACGUAAUCACAAGGUUCUAGAUGUACUCUGCUCUUUGUGUGUGUGCAAUGGUGUAGCCGUGAGGUCCAAUCAGAAUCUUAUCACUGAGAAUCUGCUUCCAGGUCGUGAUCUCCUCCUGCAGACUAACAUCAUCAAUUAUGUCACCAGUAUGAGACCCAACAUUUUUCUGGGCACAUGUGAAGGCUCUACACAGUAUAAGAAGUGGUACUUCGAGAUAAUUGUAGACCAUGUGGAGUCAUUCCUGACCCCUCAACCGUGUCACCUGCGUGUUGGCUGGGCUUUGACAGAGGGCUACAGCCCGUACCCUGGAGGAGGAGAGGGAUGGGGGAGCAAUGGAGUCGGAGAUGAUCUUUAUUCGUAUGGCUUUGAUGGGCUACACCUAUGGACAGGUCGUGUUCCACGUCAGGUGACCUCACCCAGUCAACACAUUCUUGCGGCCGAGGACGUGGUGAGCUGCUGUUUGGAUCUGAGCGUGCCCAGUAUCUCCUUCCGUAUCAAUGGACAUCCUGUACAAGGAAUGUUCGAGAACUUCAAUCUAGAUGGUCUAUUCUUCCCUGUGGUCAGCUUCUCAGCUGGUAUCAGAGUUCGCUUUCUCCUUGGUGGACGACAUGGAGACUUCAAAUUCCUCCCUCCUCCAGGCUAUGCCCCAUGCUAUGAAGCAGUUCUGCCCAAAGACAGACUGCGUAUUGAGCCUAUUAAAGAGUACAAGCAUGACUUCAAUGAUGUCCGGAAUCUUCUGGGGCCAACUCAAUCUCUCUCCCACACCGCCUUCACUCCUUGCCCGGUUGACACUGUGCAGAUUGUACUCCCUCCUCAUCUGGAGCGUAUCAGAGAGAAACUGGCUGAGAAUAGUCAUGAGCUGUGGGCCAUUACACGUAUCGAGCAGGGCUGGACCUAUGGACCAUUCCGUGAUGACAAUAAGAAGCUGCACCCCUGUCUAGUGGACUUCCAGAGUCUUCCAGAGCCGGAGAAGAACUACAAUCUGGCAAUGUCUGGAGAGACACUGAAGACUCUUCUGGCUUUAGGAUGUCAUGUAGGCAUGGGUGAUGAGAAAGCAGAGGAGAACUUGAAGAAGAUUAAACUCCCCAAAACGUAUAUGCAGAGCAAUGGCUACAAACCUGCACCUCUGGACCUCAACCAUGUGAAGCUGACACCCAAUCAGAACACACUUGUGGAAAGACUGGCAGAAAAUGGACACAAUGUCUGGGCUCGUGACCGGGUCCGCCAGGGCUGGACUUACAGCAUUAUUCAGGAUAUUGUGAACAAGCGCAACCCCCGUCUUGUGCCUUACAUUCUUCUGGAUGAAAAGACAAAAAAGACCAAUCGUGACAGUGUAUGUGCCGCUGUACGCACUCUUAUUGGCUAUGGCUACAAUAUUGAGCCACCUGACCAGGAAAGUGGACAUGGGGCUGGGAGUGGCCGGAGUGAUAAGAUCCGGGUGUUCAGAGCAGAAAAGUCCUACGCCGUGACCCAGGGGAAAUGGUACUUUGAGUUUGAGGCAGUAACAGUGGGCGAGAUGAGAGUUGGGUGGGCAAGACCAAAUGUCCAUGCAGAUAAAGAGCUGGGAUCUGAUGAACUGGCCUACGUCUUCAAUGGAUUCAAGGCUCAGCGCUGGCAUGUUGGGAAUGAGCCGUUUGGACGGCAGUGGCAGUCUGGUGACGUGGUGGGCUGCAUGAUAGACCUGACGGAGCAGAACAUCAUGUUUACUUUGAACGGAGAGAUGCUCAUUAGUGACUCUGGAUCUGAGAUGGCCUUCAAAGACAUUGAGAUCGGAGAGGGCUUCAUCCCUGUAUGCAGUCUGGGGCUUUCUCAAGUGGGCCGUAUUAACCUUGGGCAGAAUGUGAGCAGCCUGCGUUACUUCACUAUCUGUGGCCUGCAGGAAGGUUUUGAGCCUUUCGCCAUCAACAUGAAGAGAGAUAUCACCAUGUGGUUUAGCAAGAGUUUGCCCCAGUUUGUGCCUGUGCCAACAGAACACCCUCAUAUUGAGGUGUCCCGUGUGGACGGAACGGUAGACAGUGCCCCUUGUCUGAAACUGACCCAUAAGACAUUUGGAUCUCAGAAUGCCAACACAGACCUUCUGUUCUUUAGACUGAGCAUGCCUAUAGAAUUCCACGAGACCUUUAAAGUGCCAGUGGGUACAACACCCCUCACCCGCACCCUCACUAUCCCUGAGGACGAGACUCUUGAGGUAGACCCAGAAUCAGAGUUUGAGCUUCUGAAGAAGUCAGCUACUCGCAAAGAGCAAGAUGAGAAAGAAAAAGAGCCGUCCGUUCCUAAAGAUCUACCUGGCAACAAAGAAGGGGAGAAUGAGAAAGAUACCACCACAGAGAAGAGCAAAAAGAGAGGGUUCUUUUCCAAGGCAAAGAAGGCAGCGUUUAUAGCCCCACCACCAGUGGUUCCAACUGUGCCUCGUCUGAUGGAGGACGUUGUCCCAGAUGAUCGAGAUGAUGCUGACAUUAUCUCAAACACAACAACUUAUUAUUAUUCAGUCCGGAUGUUUGCGGGGCAGGAGCCCAGUGGAGUGUGGGUAGGCUGGGUUACUCCUGAUUAUCACCUGUAUGACCUUCACUUUGAUCUUGGUAAAGUCCGAAACGUAACUGUUACUAUUGGGGAUGAUAAAGGCAACAUUCAUGACAGUGUAAAGCGCAGUAACUGCUACAUGGUGUGGGGAGGAGAGUUCAGCAGUUCGCAGCAAGCACGCAUUAGCCAGGAGGACUUUGUGAUUGGCUGCUUGGUGGAUCUGGACACAGGACUCAUGACCUUCACAGCCAAUGGGAAAGAGAUCAACACUUUCUACCAGGUAGAACCUAACACAAAGCUGUUCCCUGCUUUGUUUUGUGUGCCAUCCAGCCAGAAUAUGUUACAAGUGGAACUUGGCAAAUUAAAGAACAUUAUGCCCAUCUCUGCAGCCAUGUUCCGCAGUGACAAUAAGAACCCAGUUCCUCAGUGUCCUCCCAGGUUAGAUGUUCAGAUGUUGACUCCAGUCAUAUGGAGCCGAAUGCCUAAUCACUUCUUGGCCCCUGAGACUGGUCGUGUGAGUGAGAGACAAGGCUGGAAAGUGCAAUGCACUGAACCUCUCAUUAUGAUGGCAUUGCACAUUCCAGAAGAGAACAGAUGCAUUGAUAUCCUGGAGCUUUCUGAGCACACAGAUCUGAUGAAGUUCCAUUACCACACUCUGAAACUGUAUGGCUCAGUGUGCGCUCUGGGCAACAACCGCGUUGCACACGCCCUCUGUAGCCACGUGGACGAAUCACAGCUCUUCUAUGCCAUCGAGAACACCUUCCUGCCUGGCCCCAUCCGCAGCGGUUACUACGACCUGCUCAUAUCCAUGCAUCUUGAAUCUGCCAAGCGAAACCGUCUAAUGACCAAUAAAGAGUUCAUUGUUCCCAUGACGGAUGAGACACGUAGCAUCACUCUCUACUCAGAUGCUGAGAAGGCCCAUGCGCUACCAGGAGUCGGACUUACCACCUGCCUGCGACCCAAACUACACUUCUCUCCCACUGGGUUUGUGGGCACUAAUGCAGACAUCUACACCCUCAGCCCCGUCUUACCUCUGCAGAUGCUCAAGGACCAUGCCCUCAGCAUGCUUACAGAAGCCGUGCAGGACGGAGGGCAGGCUAUGCGUGAUCCUGUAGGGGGCAGCGUCGAGUUCCACUUUGUGCCCAUCCUGAAACUCAUCAGCACCCUGCUAAUAAUGGGCGUGUUUGACGACAGCGACGUGAAGCACAUCCUGAAGCUGAUCGAGCCUUCUGUGUUCAACAAUGAUGCUGAGAAGGAGCUUGAGCCUGAGGAGGAGGAAUAUGAAGAUCAGGUGGUAAAGGAAGGGGAGGAGAGUGAGCAUGAUGCGGAAAAAGCGGACAGAGAAAAAACGACUGAUGGAGAGGUGGAGGAAGCUGGUCUAGCAGAGGCAGAGAUAAAAGAGGAGGAUGUGGGUGAAGGACUGCUGCACAUGAAGCUUCCAGAGUCUGUCAAACUUCAGAUGUGUACUCUGCUGCAGUAUUUUUGCGAUUGUGAGCUGCGUCACAGAGUGGAAGCCAUCAUCGCUUUCUCUGACAAGUUUGUCAACCAAGUGCAGACCAAUCAGAGACAGCGAUAUAACGAGCUCAUGCAGGCUUUCACAAUGAGUGCUGCAGAAACUGCCCGCAAGACCCGCGAAUUCCGCUCUCCUCCGCAGGAACAGGUGAACAUGUUAAUGAACUUUAAAAACUGUCCAGAGGAGGAAGAGUGUCCUGUUCCUGUAGGUGUCCGCAACGACCUGCUAACAUUCCACCAUGACCUGUUGGCUCACUGUGGUGUGCAUAUUGAAGAGGAGGAGGAGGAAGAAGAGGUGGACAACUCUGUCCGUGGACGCCUCCUGAGACUGGUGGAUAAAGUUAAAAACUUGCGUAAGAAGCCGGAGGCCGAGCCUGAACCUGAAGAAGAUAAAAAACCCAGUACUCUUCAGGAGUUGAUCUCCCACACCAUGAUUCACUGGGCUCAAGAGUCUUUCAUUCAGAACCCUGAACUGGUACGGCUUAUGUUCAGUCUGCUACAUCGGCAGUAUGACGCCCUGGGUGAGCUGAUCCGAGCGCUGCCCAAAGCCUACAUCAUCAACGCAGUGUCCGUGCAGGACACCAUGGAGCUACUGGAGUGUCUGGGACAAAUCCGAUCCCUGCUCAUUGUUCAGAUGGGUCCAGAAGAGGAAAGACUGAUGAUUCAGAGUAUUGGAAAUAUUAUGAGCAACAGGGUGUUCUACCAGCACCCCAACCUGAUGAGAGCUCUGGGAAUGCACGAGACUGUCAUGGAGGUUAUGGUGAAUGUGCUUGGAGGUGGAGAUUCCAAGGAGAUUCGGUUUCCCCGAAUGGUGACCAACUGCUGUCGUUUCCUGUGUUAUUUCUGUCGGAUCAGCAGACAGAAUCAGCGCUCAAUGUUCGAUCACCUCGGCUACCUCCUACAGAACAGUGGCAUUGGGCUAGGAAUGCGUGGCUCCACACCGCUUGAUGUAGCUGCAGCAUCUUGUAUUGAUAAUAAUGAGCUUGCCCUGGCUCUCCAAGAGCAAGACCUGGAGAUGGUGGUGAAGUACUUGGCAGGUUGUGGCCUGCAGAGCUGCCCCAUGCUCUUAUCGAAAGGUUACCCAGACAUCGGAUGGAACCCAUGUGGAGGAGAGAAGUAUCUGGAUUUCCUGCGCUUUGCUGUAUUUGUCAAUGGAGAAAGCGUGGAGGAGAAUGCUAACGUGGUGGUCCGGCUGCUGAUCAGAAGGCCUGAGUGUUUUGGUCCUGCGCUGAGAGGAGAGGGGGGCAACGGUCUGCUUGCUGCCAUUGAAGAGGCCAUUAAGAUUUCAGAGGAUCCUGCAAGAGACGGACCCACUGUUAAGAAAGACAGACGCUUUCCAAUGUUUGGUGGAGAAGAGCAGCAUGAGGAGAACCGAGUGCACUUGGGAAAUGCCAUCAUGUCCUUUUACUCAGCUCUUAUUGAUCUGCUGGGUCGCUGUGCUCCUGAGAUGCAUUUGAUCCAGGCUGGUAAAGGUGAAGCGUUGAGGAUCAGGGCCAUUCUUAGGUCUCUUGUGCCCAUUGAGGAUCUGGUUGGUGUGAUAAGCUUGCCAGUCCAGAUACCUGCUUUAGGAAAAGAUAACAGUAUCAUCGAGCCAAAGAUGUCUGCCAGUUUUGUGCCUGAUCACAAAGCACCAAUGGUGCUGUUCCUCGACAGAGUGUAUGGGAUUGAUAACCAGGACUUCCUGUUGCAUGUACUGGAGGUGGGCUUCCUGCCCGACAUGAGAGCAGCAGCUUCCCUGGACACGGCUGCGUUCAGUACCACAGAGAUGGCCCUGGCUCUGAACCGUUACCUUUGCUCCGCUGUGCUUCCUCUCAUUACUAAAUGUGCUCCUUUGUUUGCUGGCACGGACCACCGUGCCAUCAUGAUUGACUCCAUGCUCCACACCAUCUACAGGCUGUCCCGAGGACGCUCUCUAACCAAAGCUCAGAGAGAUGUUAUUGAGGAAUGCCUCAUGUCUUUGUGCAGGUAUCUGCGUCCUUCCAUGCUCCAGCACCUUCUCAGGCGAUUGGUAUUUGAUGUGCCAAUUCUGAAUGAAUACGCCAAAAUGCCCCUUAAGCUGCUUACUAAUCAUUAUGAGCGUUGUUGGAAGUACUAUUGUUUGCCCAAUGGCUGGGCCAACUUUGGCAUAUCGUCAGAAGAGGAGCUUCAUCUCACCCGUAAACUCUUCUGGGGAAUUUUUGAAUCUCUGGCCCACAAGAAAUUUGAUGCAGAGCUGUUUAAAAUUGCAAUGCCCUGCAUAUGUGCAAUUGCUGGGGCAAUCCCACCUGAUUAUGUGGAUGCCAGCUACUCCUCCAAGACAGAAAAAAAGGCUUCUGUUGAUGCUGAAGGCAACUUUGACCCCAAACCUGUGGAUACCACAAAUACUAUUAUUCCUGAGAAACUGGAUGGCUUCAUCAACAGAUAUGCAGAAUACACACAUGACAAAUGGGCUUUUGAAAAGAUCCAGAAUAACUGGACAUUCGGUGAAUUGCUGGAUGAAAAUGCUAAGACUCAUCCCAUGCUCAGGCCUUACAAAACGUUCUCUGAAAAGGAUAAAGAAAUCUACCGAUGGCCCAUUAAAGAGUCCAUAAAGGCCAUGAUUGCUUGGGAGUGGACACUGGACAAAGCCAGAGAUGGUGAAGAUGAGAAAACAGAAAAGAAGACAACUCGCAAGAUCUCACAGACUGCACAGGCCACUUAUGACCCCAGUCAUGGCUACAGUCCUCAGCCCAUUGACAUCUCAGGCAUGACACUGUCCAGAGAGCUUCAGUCCAUGGCAGAACAGCUGGCAGAGAAUUACCACAACACCUGGGGACGGAAAAAGAAAAUGGAGCUACAAUCAAAAGGGGGAGGGACACACCCUUUGCUUGUACCGUAUGAUACAUUGACAGCUAAAGAAAAGGCAAGAGACAGGGAGAAAGCACAUGAACUACUCAAAUUUCUGCAGCUUAAUGGAUAUGCUGUAACCAGAGGACUUAAGGAUAUGGAGAGUGAUAUUUCAUCUAUUGAGAAACGUUUUGCAUAUGGCUUCCUUCAAAAACUGCUGAAAUGGAUGGACAUUGCCCAGGAGUUCAUUGCGCAUCUUGAGGCUGUUGUGAGCAGUGGUCGUGUGGAAAAGUCACCACAUGAACAAGAGAUCAAGUUCUUUGCCAAGAUUCUUCUUCCUUUGAUAAAUCAAUAUUUUAAAAAUCACUGCCUCUACUUCCUCUCUACACCGGCUAAAAUCCUGGGCAGUGGUGGACAUGCCUCAAACAAAGAAAAAGAGAUGAUUGCAAGUAUCUUCUGUAAAAUGUCUGCCCUGGUAAGACACAGAGUGUUUCUCUUUGGUACGGAUGCGUCUGCUAUUGUCAAUUGUCUUCAUAUCCUUGCACGUUCACUUGAUGCCCGGACUGUGAUGAAAUCAGGGCCUGAAAUUGUAAAGGCAGGGCUGCGUUCUUUCUAUGAGAGUGCAGCUGAUGAUAUAGAAAAGAUGGUGGAAAACCUCAAACUCGGCAAAGUGUCCAAAGGGAAUCAGCCUGUGAAGGGUGUGUCCCAGAAUAUUAACUACACCACAAUAGCUCUGCUCCCUGUCCUCACCUCCCUGUUUGACCACAUCGCUCAGCACCAGUUUGGAGAUGAUGUUAUCUUGGACGAUUUGCAGAUGUCCUGCUACCGAAUCAUGUGUAGUAUUUAUUCUCUUGGUACUGUAAAAACUCCACAUGCAGAGAGACAUAGACCUGCCCUGGGUGAGUGUCUUGCUCAUCUUGCUGCAGCCAUGCCUGUGGCCUACCUGGAGCCCCAUCUGAAUGAAUACAAUGCAUUUUCUGUGUACACCACCAAGACGCCCAGGGAAAGAGCCAUCCUGGGACUUCCUAACCAUGUCAAGGAGCUGUGUUUGGACAUUCCAGAGCUAGAGAUAUUGAUGAAAGAGAUCGGAGACCUGGCAGAAUCUGGGGCUCGCUACACAGAAAUGCCACACGUGAUAGAGGUCACCCUGCCCAUGCUCUGUAACUAUCUACCCCGCUGGUGGGAGAGAGGAGUGGAGAACUUCCCAGAAUCGGAGGGUAAGCUGUGUACAGAUGUCACCUCCGAUCAACUCAACCAGCUCCUGGGAAGUAUCAUGAAAAUAGUGGUCAACAACCUGGGCAUUGAUGAAGCUUCAUGGAUGAAGAGGCUUGCUGUGUUCUCCCAGCCCAUUGUGAGCCGAGCCAAACCAGAGAUGCUCAAAUCCCAUUUCAUCCCCACCAUGGAGAAACUGAAGAAGCGUACAUCUAAAGUAGUUGCCGAGGAGGAGCACCUGCGUAUGGAGGGGAAGUCUGAGGGCGACGAGGAGGAGGGAACUAUUCGAGACGAAUUUGCGGUUCUGUGUAGAGAUUUGUAUGCUCUUUACCCUCUUCUCAUCCGCUAUGUGGAUAACAACAGAGCAAGGUGGCUUACCUGCCGUGAUCCAGAUGCUGAGGAGCUUUUCCGUAUGGUGGGAGAGGUCUUCAUUUUCUGGUCCAAAUCUCAUAAUUUCAAGCGUGAGGAACAAAACUUUGUGGUGAUGAAUGAAAUAAACAAUAUGUCCUUCCUCACUGCUGACAGCAAGAGCAAGAUGAGCAAGACCGGGGACUCUGAGGCUGGUGGCUCAGAUGUGGAGCGUACCAAGAAAAAGAGACGGGGAGAUCGAUAUUCUGUUCAGACGUCCCUCAUUGUGGCAGCGCUGAAGAAAAUGCUUCCCAUUGGACUCAACAUGUGCUCUCCUGCAGACCAGGAACUUAUUAACCUGGCCAAGACCCGCUAUUCAUUGAAAGACACAGAUGAAGAGGUGAGAGAGUUCUUGCAGAACAACCUGCAUCUCCAGGGCAAGGUCGAUAACCCAUCUAUGCGCUGGCAGAUGGCACUGUAUAAGGAAAUGGCAGGAAAGGCAGAAGAUGCAGAUGCCCCAGAGAAAGUAGUGAAGAGAGUUCAGGAAGUCUCUGCUGUGCUUUACCACAUUGAAGUGACGGAGCACCCUUUCAAGUCCAAAAAGAUGGUUUGGCACAAACUGCUGUCUAAGCAGAGGCGUAGAGCAGUAGUGGCCUGUUUCAGGAUGACUCCCCUUUACAACCUGCCCAGGCAUAGAGCCUCUAACAUGUUCCUGGACGGAUACAAGCGGAACUGGAUCCAAACAGAAGGAUAUUCCUUUGAAGACAGAAUGAUAGAUGACUUGUCCAAAGCGAUGGAGGAAGAGGAGGAGGAGGAAGAGGAAAGGGAGACAAAGCCUGAUCCUCUUCAUCAGCUUAUUCUUCAUUUCAGUCGCACUGCACUUACUGAGAAGAGUAAACUGGACAUAGAUUACUUAUACAUGGCAUAUGCUGAUAUCAUGGCUAAGAGUUGCCACAUGGGGGAAGAGGAUGAGGGGGGAGAUGAGGAGGUGGAGGGGGGAGAAGAAGAGAUGCCCUUUGAGGAAAAAGAGAUGGAAAAGCAGAGACUCCUUUACCAGCAGUCACGUCUACACAACCGUGGGGCUGCUGAGAUGGUCCUACAGAUGAUUAGUGCCUGCAAGGGUGAGACAGGUUGUAUGGUCUCAUCCACCCUAAAGCUUGGUAUUUCUAUUCUAAAUGGAGGGAACAGUGAAGUCCAACAGAAAAUGCUGGACUAUCUAAAAGACAAGAAAGAUGUUGGCUUUUUCCUCAGUGUCCAGGCACUAAUGCAGACCUGCAGUGUUUUGGACCUGAAUGCCUUUGAGAGGCAGAAUAAAGCAGAGGGUCUAGGUAUGGUGUCAGAGGAGGGAACAAACAUGAAGCUAGAACGGGGUGAGAAGGUGAUGGCUGAUGAUGAGUUCACUUGUGACCUCUUCCGCUUCCUGCAGCUCCUCUGUGAGGGUCACAACAAUGACUUCCAAAACUACCUCAGAACACAGACAGGCAGCACCACCACCAUCAAUAUUAUUAUCUGCACAGUGGAUUACCUGCUUAGACUACAGGAGUCCAUUAGUGAUUUCUACUGGUAUUACUCAGGAAAAGACAUCAUAGAUGAACCAGGCAAGAGGAACUUCUCUAAAGCUAUGGCUGUGGCCAAACAGGUCUUCAACAGCCUCACUGAGUAUAUCCAGGGUCCCUGCACAGGAAACCAGCAGUCUCUGGCCCACAGCAGGCUUUGGGAUGCUGUGGUGGGCUUCCUUCAUGUGUUUGCCCAUAUGAUGAUGAAACUGGCUCAGGAUUCCAGUCAGAUUGGACUCCUAAAGGAGCUUUUGGACCUUCAGAAAGACAUGGUGGUCAUGCUGCUGUCUCUGUUGGAGGGUAAUGUUGUAAAUGGUACAAUUGCUCGCCAAAUGGUGGACAUGCUGGUGGAAUCUUCUAGUAAUGUAGAAAUGAUCCUUAAAUUCUUCGACAUGUUCCUCAAGCUGAAGGACAUUGUCGCGUCUGAUGCAUUCCGUGACUAUGUGACUGACCCCAGAGGUCUUAUAUCCAAGAAAGACUUCCAGAAAGCCAUGGACAGUCAAAAACAGUACACCCCUUCAGAGAUCCAGUUUCUGUUGUCCUGCUCAGAGGCAGAUGAGAAUGAGAUGAUUAAUUACGAGGAGUUUGCCAGCCGCUUCCAAGAGCCAGCAAAAGAUAUUGGGUUUAACAUUGCCGUGCUGCUCACCAACCUCUCCGAACACGUUCCUCAUGAUACCAGGUUACAAAACUUCCUUGAACAGGCUGAGAGCGUUCUUAACUAUUUCCGCCCAUUUUUGGGUCGUAUUGAGAUCAUGGGUGCCAGCAGGAAGAUUGAGAGAAUUUACUUUGAGAUCAGUGAGGUGAACCGUAAACAGUGGGAGAUGCCUCAAGUGAAAGAGUCCAAGCGGCAGUUCAUAUUUGAUGUGGUCAACGAGGGUGGCGAGUCAGAGAAAAUGGAGCUUUUUGUCAACUUCUGCGAGGACACCAUCUUCGAGAUGAAUAUUGCGUCACAAAUUUCAGAGCAGGAAGAGGAAGAGAAAGAAGAGGACGAUAAUGAAGAACCUGAAGGAGGAGAUGGAGGAGGCAGCGAUGAAGAGGGUGGUGGAGAGGAGGGCCAACCAGAAUCAAGCUCUGCCUUUGCUGAUUUCAUCAAAAGCAUUAUGAAUUUUCUAGGCCUGUUCAAUUUUCGGAAUAUUCGCAGGCAGUACCGUAGGCUCAGGAAGAUGACUAUCAAGGAAAUUGUUGUAGGCCUUGCUACCUUCCUCUGGACCAUCCUUAUGGGCAUCCUCCAUUUCAUCUACAGUGUGUGUAAAGGUUUCUUCUUGCUUAUCUGGCAAACACUUUUUGGAGGUGGUUUAGUUGAAGGGGCCAAGAACAUCACGGUGACAGAGAUACUGGCCAGCAUGCCGGAUCCCACACAGGACGAGGUCCACGGAGACCUACCUGGUGAACCGAGGGGUGGAGAAGAGCAGGAAAUGGGAGGCAUAACUGAUUCAAUGGAUGCAGGAGGUGGAGAGGAGGAGGAUGAGGACAUCCAAGAAAAAGAUGGUGGGAAGAUUCCUGGUAUUGAUACACCUGGUGGACUUGGCGAUAUGGGUGACACAACUCCUGUGGAACCUCCUACUCCAGAGGGCACUCCUUUAUUAAAGAGGAAAAUGCAGCCAGAAGAGGCAGGACCUGAACAACCUCCUGCUAUUGAAGAACCUCCUCCUGAGCCUGAGAAAGCAGACACUGAGAAUGGUGAGAAGGCUGGUAAGGAAUUAGAGGCCAAGCCUGAAACAACACCAAAAGAACCAAAAAUGGCGAAAGCCACCAAAACCAAGAAAGAGAAAAGGUCAGCCAAAGGAGCAGGAUUUGAGCUCUGGAACGAGCUGGAUGUGCAAAGAAAUAAAUUCAUGAACUGUUUGUCUCGUAAUUUCUACAACCUUCGUUUCCUGGCUCUGUUCAUCGCCUUUGCCCUGAAUUUUAUUUUACUCUUCUACAAGGUGUCAGAUACUCCUCCCGAUGUUGAAGAGUUUGAAGGCUCUGGGCUUUUUGAAGGCUCUGGGCUGUUUGAAAGCUCUGGGGAGGAGGUAGAGGGCUCUGGUGGAGAAGAUGUAGGUGAUGAUGAUGAGGAAGGACCCGUUUACUAUUUCCUGGAAGAGAGUACCGGUUACAUGCAGCCCACUCUGUCCUUCCUAGCCAUUCUGCACACCGUUAUUGCUUUCAUUUCCAUCAUUGGAUACAACUGCCUCAAGAUUCCACUGGUCAUCUUUAAGAGAGAGAAGGAACUGGCGAGGAAGCUGGAGUUUGAUGGUCUUUACAUCACAGAGCAGCCAGAAGAUGAUGACAUCAAGGGCCAGUGGGACAGACUGGUGCUAAACACACCCUCCUUUCCCAGCAACUACUGGGACAAAUUUGUUAAGCGAAAGGUACUGGAUAAAUAUGGAGAUAUUUAUGGACGUGAGCGAAUUGCUGAGCUGCUGGGUAUGGACCUGGCAUCUCUAGAUGUCAGCAAACAACAGACGGACAAGAAACCUGAAGAGCCAGACAACUCUAUACUGGCAUGGCUCACUGCCAUUGACAUCAAGUACCAGGUCUGGAAAUUUGGAGUUGUUUUCACAGACAAUACUUUCCUCUACCUGGUAUGGUACACUGUGAUGUCACUACUGGGACAUUACAACAAUUUCUUCUUUGCUUGUCACCUGCUGGACAUCGCAAUGAAUGUCAAAACCCUCCGCACCAUUCUUUCCUCAGUCACACACAACGGAAAACAGCUGAUGAUGACAGUGGGUUUGCUGGCCGUGGUUGUGUACCUCUACACUGUGGUGGCCUUCAACUUCUUCAGGAAGUUCUACAAUAAGAGUGAGGAUGAGGACGAGCCAGACAUGAAGUGUGACGACAUGAUGACGUGUUAUCUGUUCCACAUGUAUGUGGGUGUGCGGGCAGGUGGAGGUAUAGGAGAUGAGAUUGAGGAUCCAGCUGGUGAUGAAUAUGAGCUCUAUCGUGUGGUUUUCGACAUCACCUUCUUUUUCUUUGUCAUCGUCAUCCUGCUCGCCAUCAUUCAGGGUUUAAUCAUUGAUGCCUUUGGUGAGCUGAGAGACCAGCAAGAACAAGUAAAAGAGGACAUGGAGACCAAAUGCUUUAUAUGUGGCAUUGGGAGUGAUUACUUUGAUACAACUCCACAUGGUUUUGAGACUCAUACGCUGGAGGAACACAACUUGGCCAAUUACAUGUUCUUCCUGAUGUACUUAAUCAACAAAGAUGAAACUGAGCACACAGGGCAGGAGUCGUAUGUGUGGAAGAUGUACCAAGAGAGGUGCUGGGAUUUCUUCCCUGCUGGAGACUGCUUCCGAAAACAAUAUGAAGAUCAGCUAGGAUAACACUGAUAAUGAACUUAUAAACACAUAUUAACACACUCUCUCACUCUCUCUUCCCCUCAAAAAUACACAGUAAAUUCAUACAAAUGCUCUUAUAAUUGCAUAAGAAAGAGUGCUUAAGUUACUGUUAGUAUAUAAAUAGAUAGAAAUUGUGCAAGUACUAAUAUACUAAUAUCAGUACAGUAUAUAGAACUUUUUUCAAAUUCAAUUUUUGUUUUCUUUUGCUGUAGAUUUGGGGAAAUAAACUCUUUUUGGAUUGUGUAGGUCUUUGUUGAAAUGUCACCUUAAUGGCAAUCACCAUUAAAUGUCACAUAAAAGUAAAAUAAUUACUCCUGCCUCUAGAGAGCAGUUGGAAAGAUAUAACUUUGUAACUAUGACCUAUUCAAAAAUUAUUUUGAUUGAUAUAUAGUACUGUUUUAGCAAAUAUAGAUACUCUAGUGUCCUAAAUGUUUUUUAAAUUAUUUUUUAUUUUAUUUAAAAAUGUGAUUAUAUUUCAUAUACUUGCAAUUCAUGAUAAGCAUCCCCUAACCCUAACCCAAUUCAAGAUCAAUGCAGAAUACACAAACAUUAGCAUCUACCGCAACAAAGUAAAAAGAAACAAACAUAGACAUUGUGAUAAACUCUAGGUUGACUGCUUUAAAAUCUUUUUCUUAAAUGACUGCAAAAGCAUUGUAUUUUAUCUUAACCUCCCAAGACCCAGACAAGAUUGCUGUGUGCAUUUUCCAUUUCCCUUCAUGAUUUGUAACUAGUAUCACCUGA